CACCACCGUCGAUUGCUUGCCAAGUGUCAUAUCCAGUCCUCGUCAGAUGGAGAUCGCGAUUAUCUAGGCUUGUUCUUAUCUUCAAACUUAUCGUUCUCGUGUCCAUUUUUCCCUUUACCAAAGCGUCUCUUUCUCUGCAAAUUGUUCUCAGGUCAAUAACUUCAAAAGGCGCACCUUUUAAACGUAUGCGCACAUUGAAACCCUGUCAUUACAUCAUUCAUCAUGAAGUACUUGGAAUACACACCUUUCGACCGAAUAAAUGCUUUUCUAGAUCACCUCAACCUUGGAGAACGUACCCUUAAGGGAUGCAUUGAAGCUUACUCCUGUAAACACACAGGCUCGGAUAAACGGCUCUCUCUCAGUUUGGAAAAUGAGAUUCUUGAUUAUCUUGGUAACUCACCUGAUGCUGACUCACCAGCUGAGUAUCUUUCUAGUAGAUCCAGCCGAAAGAUGUUGAUCUAUCUGAUUCUGACAUUAUACCACAUGUAUCCAGACUAUGACUUCAGUGCAGUGAAAGCUCACCAGUUUUUCACAGAGGAAACCUGGGAUGGUUUCAAGCAAAUUUUUGACAGCUACAUGUCUGAUGCAUCUAAGGAAUGGAAAGAGGCAAAUGAAGAUGGGUCCCUUCUAGAAACCCUAUACAAAGCUCUAGACGAGGUAAUCAACCUUUCGGAAUGUGAAGUCUACAGUUAUGAUCCUAACUCAGAUGCUGACCCAUUCAUAGAAAAAGGAGCUCUGUGGUCAUACAAUUUCUUUUUCUACAACAGGAAGCUCAAGCGCGUUGUGUGCUUUCAUUUCAGCAGUUUAAGCAAUUUGGUGAGUGAUGGAUUUGCGUUUGAUGGUUCGUACUAUGAGGAAGAUGGUGAGAUAUUUGAUGAUAUGGAUAUGUGACGUGGAAAAGGAGUGUACAUAUACCAUUACCAUGUUAAUAUUUGGUCUAGGAUUUUAAAUAUAUUGGUAGUGUGUACAAAACAGUAGAACUGACUCGACUGUUUGUUGUUGGCUUACUUACUCGUAGGUUUUUAUAAAAAGUUCAACAUCUUGUUAUUGAGCAAAUUUAAAAUGUUCCAUUUUUUA